AUGGUACAUCAUCAUUGCAAGAGUUCAAAUUCAAGACAUAUGUUAAAGCAACAGGAACAAUUAUUACCAUUACCAUCAACAAUCCCACCUGUUCAUACGAAAGAUGUUAUACUGCAACAAAAACGGUUACCCGCGCCCAUUUUCGGUACAAUCGAUUUUGCUGAAAAUGAUAGAAAAUCGAAGUUUAUGCAAUAUAAAUUUAAUCCAAAUAGCAGGCGAAAUACAAAAGUAUCGAUGACUACAACUGAAACAUUAGUAAGCACAAAUCCAGUAAAUCCACGUAGUUCAAGAAAUAUCAGCGAUAGAAUAGAAACUGAUGAACAAGAAAUUGUACGAUUAAUGCUAGAGGAAUGGAAACUUCCAGUGCCCCAACUAAUCAUAUCAGUUACAGGUGGAGCUCGUCUAUUUAAUAUGCCACCAAGGAUACGGAACGCAUUUCAACAAUCACUGAUAUCAGUUGUAGAUACAACGGAUGCAUGGAUCUUUACUGGAGGAGGGAAUUCUGGUGUGAUGAAAGAAGUUGGUGAUGCAGUUGAUAAAUUUCGAUUCAAAAGUACAAAAAGACGAGCCAAAAUUAUAUGUAUUGGUAUAGCAAGUUGGUAUUAUAUAACAGAUUAUGAGCAAUUAGAAGCGACAUUGAACAACUCAUGUGUUAACAUUGAUAUGGAAGGAUCAUCGUGUACAAUCAACGCCGGAGGAAGUAUUUCCAGUAAAUCGGCGGAAGAAUCAGAUAAGGACUCGGAUGAUGACAAUAACUUGAAGUUAUAUCUUCCUCGACCAAUGGAAGAUGAAAAUCCAGACAGUUGUCCAAUUGAUCCGAAUCAUACUCAUUUCAUUCUGUUAGAUGACAUGUGUGGACCAGAUGAUAAAAAAGGAAAUUCAGAUGAAAAUCAUCAAAAAGAUACACAUGUUCGAGCUGAUCUAACACUCAAGAUACGUGCAGCAAUUGAACAAGCAGCACGACAAGUACACAAAGGCGGUGAGAUAAUAGUUCUAUUUACCAUUCUUUUCCUACUAGAAACUGACAUACCAAUCGUACAACUGUUACUGGACGGUGGUGCAUCAACAAUAUUAACCGCAUAUGAAGCUGUUAUGAAGGGAACACCACUGAUCGUUGUCAAAGGUACGGGCAGAGCAGCUAAUCUUAUAGCUGAUAUCUAUGCCAAAGUUUAUCCAGCCGCUGAUGCAGAGAUUAAAAAUACUACUCAGUUUAAUUCUAUAGAACAUAUACCAUCCUUAGAACCUGUUAUCCAUAAUGAAGAAUCUAAUGCAAGAUCGGUGGAAAUUUUUCUGACAGAUGAUUAUUUAAAACAAUAUGGUGCUGCUGGAAUUAUUACGCCGAAAAAUAAAGAAAAGUUUAAACAUAUGAUCAAAAGACGUAACUUGAUUAACAUUAUUGAAUUUGAUCCGGAAGAUCAUCCAUUGAAAUUAGGCGAUUCGAUACUCGAUGCAUUAUUGAAAGCGGAAGAUGGAGAAGUUCAUCGGUUAAAACAUCUACAAUUAGCAAUGAUAUUUAAUAAAUAUGAAAAAGUAGCUAAAGAAAUAUUGAUAAACAAUAGACCUGAAAACAAUUGGACAGAAAAAGAACUAAACAGUGCUUUGUAUGAUGCUAUCAAACUCGAUUCUGUUCAUUUUGUUGAAUUACUACUUGAACAUGGUGCAUGCUUCGAACGUUUAAGACGUGUGAUUGAUAUUGAUAAAUUUUAUGAAUAUCCUAUGUUCAAAAAUAAAAAAACGAAUCUACCAUUAAAUGGGAAUACUAGUAAAUAUUCAUAUUAUAAAGAGUAUUUUAAUUCAACUGAAAAUGAAACAACACAAAAUCAAAAAAUUCUAUUGCCUGCUCAAACAAGUAACCUGUCUGAAUCAUUUUCUAGUAAUAAUAUUGAUGCACCUUGUUCUGCUAAUCAUAUAAUAUUCAAUAAAUCAGAUGCAGCACGAAGAAAUGGUUAUAUCGACUAUAUAACACUUCGUAUCUCAUUAGCGCUCCAGCCAGAAUACCAUAUUUGGCUAUACAUCAUUUCAUCAACCAUGAAGACUGAUGAAUUUAACAUUGUCUUCGAUUAUAAAUUGGAAAUUGCAAAUAUCGAAUUUAAAACUACUAGUAUAGAACAGAUACAGUUGAAAGAUCAAAAAUUAUAUAUUGAAAAAGGACAGUAUCUUGGUAUUAGGUUUGAUAAGAAGUUGGAUAUAGUCAGAUAUGUAAAAACACAUCAAAUGUAUUAUGCUAAAAAUACCGUUGUAUCUGCAUUAAUUUCUUGUAAAAUAUACGAGCAUGCAAUUUAUAUGACAACAUCUAGUGAAACGAGACAUGUUUUAAAAAUGAAAAAAAAAGAAUUUGAUAUCCAUGCUGCCAAUGUCAUCGAUAAAUGUUUUGACACUGAUGAGCCAUUUGCGGUUGAGUUAUUGAAUACAAAAUCUAGUUUAUAUUUUCCUAACACCCCAUUAGAUUUGGCUAGAGAUAAUAAUUGCCGAGCGUUCUUAGCAUCAAAAACUGUUAAAAAAUAUGUGGAUUUCAAAUGGUAUGGACCGAUUGCUACAGCAGGAAAACAACAUGGCAAAGGAUAUAUCGAUUUUUUAGUGAAUCAAAUAAGAAAAGAACUUGGUUCAGAUCAACAAUUUGGUGGUUGCAAAUAA